AUGGGCGACCGCGAAGAUCAUUUCACAGUCUUUGUCAGGUUGCCAUUCGCCAGAGGCGACUUCAUAGAUCCGCCUCCAGUAGCGUGGUCGGCAGCUAAGGAAAGAGAUCUUUGGGAGGUACUAUCCAAGUCCUCUAAAGGUCACGAGAUCGACUGGAGGGGACUCGCCGAACGAUUCGAAGUCACCCAGGCAUUUUUACUGCAGCAAGCGGCAUGGCUUUACGAACGACAACUAUCUCAAGUCCGUGCACAGAUGAGACGCAUGGGGUCAAGGUCAUCUAAUACUGCAUCGCCUCUACCUUCUUCGAAUACAGCAAGCGUCGUUAGCACUCAACCUCUGAGAAGGACAGGUAGUGGUGUUGGCUUCAAAGUUCCAUCUCGUCCAGCGACACAACCUGCUGCAGCUGAAUCGAGCACCCCAGGCACACCCAAUAGAAGUAAGUCAUCGUUCGCUGCACGAACAGUCGCACAGGGUGGGCCAAUUCACCCAAAGGCGGAGUCGACAGCAUCGAGGCCGUUGUCGCGGCGAACUUCCAAGGAGAAUGAAAUUGGUAGUAGGACGCACUCAAGACGAGGCAGUAUUCAGCAACCGAACACUAAAUCUCCUAGACAAGAAGUGGUGCAUGAGGUUGACUCGUCCUCGGAUGAAAAUAUGACACAAUCUCGUAUGCUACAUCGAAGACCAAAUCCUGCUGCUUCCAGACGAACAGCCCCAGGUAGAAAGCCACAGCACAUGCGAAGGCCGUCCGCACCUCAGCUUGACGAAGAGGACGAAGACGAUACGCCCGCCUUCUUGCCGUUCUCUACAACCUCUGGCGACACCACAAAGGCUGACUCAAGCACGAGCCGUGACCCUGCAGCAACUCUACGAGGCGGCAUGGCACAAACGGCAAGACCAUCAAUUCAUCGUCGAAGCACUUCAGAACGAAUUUUACCUCAGCAAUCGACAUCAAAUGACCAGCUCACAUCAUCCACAAGUUCAACGUCAGAGAAUCAGGCCAAUCCUCGUCCGAGGAGUGCUGAACAUCGUCAACAAGGGCGUGAGAAUCUACCCAACCCACUAUCACCGCGACAACAAGCAGCACUCGCCGCGGCGGCAGGCCUGUCUCCUCGACUACGUAGAGCAGGUAAUCAUGGCGGCCAUGGAUCAGAAUCAUCUCCAAGCAUGGGCAGCAGUUUUAGUGACCUCGAUGAUGCAAGCGUGACUCAGUCAGCAUUAGAAGAAGCUCUUCUGAGUGGCAUGGGAAAUACAACCAUGACUAUGGGCGGACCGAGCGGUGCUGUUGGUAAUGUAGCCAAUCGAGUCAGUGGUAUUAGCCAGGCUCUUAGGAGUAGAUAUUUCGAUGCGCGAGGUGGAGAAUCUCAAAGGUAG